CCUGCCCUCUCCGCCGCCCCGCUGCCAGCUCUCCCCCGCUCGCCCCUGGACUCCGCAGGAAGUUGGCGCCUCCGAGUGCGCUCCGGGGCCGGGCGAGAGGAUGCGCAAGGUGGAGAGCCGCGGGGAAGAGGGGAGAGAGGAACUGGGAAGUAACAGCCCUCCACAGAGAAACUGGAAGGGGAUCGCUAUUGCCCUGCUGGUGAUUUUAGUUGUAUGCUCACUCAUCACUAUGUCAGUCAUCCUCUUAACCCCAGAUGAACUCACAAAUUCAUCAGAAACUAGGCUGUCUUUAGAUGACCUCUUCCGGAAAGACUUUGCGCUUCAUGAUCCAGAAGCUCGGUGGAUCAAUGAUACAGAUGUGGUGUAUAAAAGUGAAAAUGGACAUGUCAUUAAACUGAACAUCGAAACAAAUGCCACCACGUUAUUAUUGGAAAACACAACUUUUGUAACCUUCAAAGCAUCAAGGCAUUCAGUAUCACCAGAUUUAAAAUAUGUUCUUCUGGCGUAUGAUGUCAAACAGAUCUUUCAUUACUCAUAUACUGCUUCAUAUGUGAUUUACAACAUUCACACUAGGGAAGUUUGGGAGUUAAAUCCCCCAGAAGUAGAUGACUCUGUCCUGCAGUAUGCAGCUUGGGGAGUACAAGGCCAGCAGCUGAUUUAUAUUUUUGAAAACAACAUCUACUAUCAACCUGAUAUAAAGAGCAGUUCAUUGCGACUGACAUCUUCAGGGAAAGAAGGAAUUAUUUUUAAUGGAAUUGCUGACUGGUUAUAUGAAGAGGAACUUCUGCAUUCUCACAUCGCCCACUGGUGGUCACCAGAUGGAGAAAGACUUGCCUUCCUGAUGAUAAAUGACUCGUUGGUGCCUAACAUGGUUAUCCCUCGGUUUACUGGAGCGUUGUAUCCCAAAGGAAAGCAGUAUCCAUAUCCUAAGGCAGGUCAAGUGAACCCAGCAAUAAAAUUGUAUGUUGUAAACCUUUACGGACCAACUCACACUCUGGAACUCAUGCCACCCGACAGCUUUAAAUCAAGAGAAUAUUAUAUCACUAUGGUUAAAUGGAUAAGCAAUACCAAGACCGUGGUGAGGUGGUUGAACCGACCGCAGAACAUCUCCAUCCUCACAGUCUGUGAGACCACCACUGGCGCUUGCACCAGAAAAUAUGAGAUGACAUCAGAUACAUGGCUUUCUAAGCAGAAUGAGGAGCCUGUAUUUUCUAGAGAUGGUAGCAAGUUCUUUAUGACAGUUCCUGUUAAACAAGGAGGUCGUGGAGAAUUUCACCACAUAGCUAUGUUCCUAGUUCAGAGUAAGAGCGAGCAAAUUACCGUGCGGCAUCUGACAUCAGGAAACUGGGAAGUGAUAAAGAUCUUGGCAUACGAUGAAAAUACUAAAAAAAUCUACUUUCUCAGCACAGAGUCUUCUCCCAGAGGGAGGCAGUUGUACAGUGCCUCUACUGAAGGAUUAUUGAAUCGUCAGUGCAUUUCAUGUAAUUUUAUGAAAGAACAUUGUACGUAUUUUAGUGCCAGUUUCAGUCCCAUGAAUCAACAUUUCUUAUUAUUCUGUAAAGGUCCAGGUGUCCCAGUGGUCAGCCUACAUAACACAGACAACCCAGAAAAAUAUUUUGUGUUGGAAAACAAUUCUAUGCUGAAGGAAGCUGUUCUGAAAAAGAAGAUAGUAAAACCAGAAAUUAAAAUGCUCUAUAUUGAAGACUAUGAACUUCCUUUACAGUUAACCUUUCCUAAAGAUUUUACAGACCGAAACCAGUAUGCUCUUCUGCUAAUAAUGGAUGAAGAACCAGGAGGUCAGCUGGUAACAGAUAAAUUCCACAUGGACUGGGAUUCGGUUCUUGUUGACUCUGAUAAUGUCAUUAUAGCAAGAUUUGAUGGCCGGGGAAGUGGAUUCCAGGGUCUAAAAGUUUUGCAGGAGAUUCAUCGGAGGAUAGGUUCAGUGGAAGUCAAAGACCAAAUAACAGCUGUGAAAUAUUUACUGAAACAGACAUACAUUGACUCCAAAAGAGUAAGCAUUUUUGGCAAGGGGUAUGGUGGCUAUAUUGCAUCAAUGAUCUUAAAAUCGGAUGAAAAACUUUUUAAAUGUGGGUCAGUGAUGGCACCCAUCACAGACAUGAAGCUUUAUGCCUCAGCCUUCUCUGAAAGAUAUCUGGGCAUACCAUCCAAGGAAGAGAGCAUUUACCAGGCAUCCAGUGUGCUACAUAAUAUUCAUGGAUUAAGAGAAGAAAAUAUAUUGAUAAUUCAUGGGACUGCUGACACAAAAGUUCAUUUCCAGCAUUCAGCAGAAUUAAUCAAACACUUAAUAAAAGCUGGAGUGAAUUAUACUAUGCAGGUCUACCCAGAUGAAGGGCAUAAUGUGUCUGAGAAGAGCAAGUAUCACCUCUACAGCACAAUCCUCAGAUUCUUCAGUGAUUGUUUAAAGGAAGAAAUACCCGUGUUACCACCAGAGCCAGAAGAAGAUGAAUAAUGGACCCUAUUUAUAUUGGACCGAAAGGGAUAUUGAAGCUCCAUGGAACCUAACCAAGAGACUGUAAUGUUGCAGAUGCUUCAAAAUUUCAAAGGGGCAGCUUAAGGAGAUGACACGGGAACAGCACACACAGAGACGAUGAAAUAGAAUGGAAGGCAGGAGUCCAAUCUACUGUGUUGUCGAGGGUGCAGAACCUGUUUCUUUGUAGAAGGAAGGUCAAAGGGUUGGUUUCCCAGAAGAAAUUAGUUUUGCAUUAAAGUAGGAGCAGUGCAUGUUUUCUUCUGUUAUUCCCCCAGUUUAUUCUGUAACUAGUUGCUCUCAUUUUUAUUUUAAUGGCCACCAUUAUAUUUGCAUAUAAUAUACAUUUGACCUAUACAAUGGACCCUGGUCUCUGAUGGCUGAGCUGCAGUCUAACACUUUACUGUAUCCUUUACAAUAAGUGCAAUUCUUUCAUUGUCUAUUAUAUGCUUACGGAGAUGUUCGGUUAAUAAAAAUACAGAGUAUUUUAUGUAAUUCUGUUCUUAAAAAGGCAUUAUUAUAUGGGUUAAAGAACAUGUAGAAAUAGGAAUUUCAGCACCUUUCAAAGUUCAGCCAUUGAUUAAUAGAUACAAUAUCUUUAAAUCAGCACAUAAGUGUAUGCCUCACAAUGUAUCCACACACACGUGUGCAUACGCUGUCUCUAAAACCCUCUCUACAUGUUAUUCAAGCAAAAAGGAGAAAAUUUUGAUGAAUUAGAAGAGAUACUCUUUUACAGACUAUAAUGAAUGAUUUGUUUAAUGAGCCAAAUAUGAUAAACAUUUUUUGCAAUUCAAAUUCUAGGUAUUGCUUUCCUAUAAAUAAAUGUUUGGGUUGUGUUUGGUAUUGUUUUUAGUGGUUAAUAGUUUUCUAGUUGCAAUUUGAUUUUUUGGAUAUGAUAUCUUGUCACAUGUAAAUUAGAUACUUAAAUAUUAAAUUAUAGUUUCUGAUAAAGAAAUUUUGUUAACAAUGCAAUGCCACUGAGUACUAUUUUGCUCUUUUGGUAGAGAAGGCUUUUUUAAAACACUUGGUCCUUUUACUUCUCUUUCUCGAUACAGAAUCUAUUCUCAUUUUCCUUGUAAACGAAAUGAACUUGAUUCUUUCAUUUGCCAAUUCUUAUGUCAUAUUGGAAGCAUGCCCAAUACAUCUGUUGCUGUUUGAUUUAAACCCUUCUGGUGAGAAUAAGAAAUGAAAUAUUUUUUAUUCAUUGGCCAAAACGUUCUUCAACAGAAGUAAUUACUAUUUAUUUUUAAUCAAAGACUAAAAUAAAGGCAUCAAUUCCUGUACUCUGCUAACUUGAAAUAGUGAGUAGCUGAAGGUGAAAAAUAUACUGGACCUUAUAAAGUCAGUUUUAAUCAUGAGAAUAUUAACAUUGGUGACUUAGGUCAAAGAUUAUUUUAUCACUUCACUUAAGGAAUAAACCAGAAGAUGUCUAAAAUCUAUGGCCAACCCUCCAAAUUCUGAUAAAUAUAGGCAGUAUAACAUGUGAUUGUCAUUUUAAGGAAGGCAUUAGGAUAGAACAGAUCAUGAUGGUCUGAGAAGAACCACUGAAAUGUGAAGAAUAUAUUCAGUUACACACUUGUUUAUGGAAGGAUCAACCCAAACUUGAGUAUUUGAAAACAUGUGAAUCAUGGAUUGAGUAGUCCACUUUUCCAAAUACUUUGAAUUGUGUUUUUUUACUGACCCUCUGGAUUUAACUUAAAAUACAGAAGUAUCUCUUUUGAAAGAGUCAUUUCAGGUCUUUUUCACAAAUGGUAAAUGGUUGGUUUUGUUUUUGGCUUUUUUUUUUUAAAAAAAGAAAAUAAGUUAUAAUGUUUAAAAGGAAAAUUGUGCCUAUUUUAUUAAGAUGGAAAUUUCUUUUUGAUCUGAUUUGAUGUCCUACUGAAGUUUUUAAAUCAGUAUUUUAAACUUUAACCACUAGAGUUUUUUAUGAUGCAAAUAAUUAUGUUGUCUGAAAGAUGUGCUUUAUGGAUGUCUACUUGAGUAACAUUUUUUAAAGUAUUUAACUUUUACUG